UUAUGGGUGAAUAAUCCUCUUAAUCUGCCGUAGUAUUAAUAUUAUACCUAUUAUAAUUAUGUUACCAAAGAAAAAAACGCCGUUUUCUGCUGAAGAAGAUGAAAUGUUAAUUGAGCAUGUCAGUUUCUUUGAAUAUAUAUGGAAUAUGAAAGAUGCUGACAUUGCUGACUACAAAAAAGACAAGGUUUGGCAAGAUAUAGCGGAGCAAUUAGGAAGAAAAAGAGAUGAAUGCCAGACACAUUGGAAAAGUAUCAGGGAUCAUUAUAAAAGGCAAAAGAAAGAAGACAUAGGCACAACAGGAUUUGCUGCAAAUAAAAAGAGGGCAAGCUACUGGAACAGAUUGUCGUUUUUAGACACAAUUGAGGACGAAAGAAAAACGUUUUCUAACAUUUCUGCUGAUACUUCCGAAAUUUUAGAAAACAAUAACGAACUGCUACAAGACAUCGAAAAUCACCCGCCUUCAUCAAAGGACAAACUUGAAAUACCUUCUGUUAUGCCUACUGAACCUGUGGCAAUCAUCCGCUCAAAACGCAAAACAAGAGUAGAAAAUUCAGCACUAUCUAACUACUUGAAGGAAAAGAAAAUUGAAAACACACAGUUGAAUGAUACCAUUAGUCAGCUAACGAAAUGCGAGGAAGAAGAUGAGAUCGACUUGUUUUUUAAAACGAUCGCCAAGACAGUGAAGAAGUUUUCACCAAAAAUUGUGAGAAAAACAAAAUUAAAAGUUUUGGAAAUUGUAUCUGAUAUGGAACAACUUCAUGAACAAGUGCAUGUGUCCACCAACCACACGUCAAGCUCAAAUACAUUCCGAAAUUAUCAAUCACAGCUUCCCAUCUAUUCCUUCCACCAUACAUCAAACUUGACUUGCUUCCCAAAUUAUCAAUCACCGCUUUCCGUUCCUUCGCCCCACCGCACAUUAAAUUUGACUUCUCCAGAUUGCCAAUCAGAACUUUCCAACCAUUCCUCCCACUACACAUUGACUUCUCCAAAUUAUCAAUCAGAGCUUUCCAACCACUCCUCUCAUCACACAUCAAACGCGACUUCUCCUAAUUUCCAAUCACAACAUCUCACCCCUUCCUCCCAGAACACAUCAACCUUCACUUCUUCAAAUUAUCAACUUCUCAAUCAGCCUCCAUCCACCCACCGUUCAUCAGCCGUACGUUCUGAAAUUUUGGCUACCUCUGACGUAAAACUGUAAAAUUUUAACUAUGUUUAAUUUUAAUGAAUAAAAUGGAUUAAAUAAAUUAUAAAAUAUUUUAUUUUAUUUUUCUUACCUCAAAGUAACAGCCAACUUUUCAGCAGGACU